ACACGGGAUAUUUUUGUUAUAUUUAUCGUUAGAAGGGGUGACUUGUUUCUCCUUUUUUAAAAUUAUUCUCGGCCAGUAUUUGACGCCUCGGGGGUUGGCUCUCAAUAUGUAAUCGUGGGCGUUCACACCAGUGAAAAGGGAGUUUCAAAGGGGGGGGGGGGGGGUUGUGGAAGAGAGACAAAUCGAAAUUUGUGUGUGUAUAUAGGUCAGCUGGCGACUGGCUCCCCCCGCCUCGAUCCAGGGCGACCGUUGAAUUUUCGCCUCGAGAUCGCGCCGUCUUACUCUUGCGGCCCCCACCCCCCUCGUCUCGAGCCUGAGCCGUUGGUUGGCUGCCGUGUCCAGCGUCUCCCCGUUUGCUUUGCAGCCGAAUGGUGUCCCCGGCGUGCGAGAGAGGUGAACGCGAGCACCAGCGACGACAGCAAAAGGGGCUGGUGGGGGUAACAAAAAAGGGAAAGGGGAACGAUCACUUUGAAACUUUUGGGGAGGGAGGAGGGGUGGUGGGGGGGGGCUGUGCGGAUAAGAAGCUGUCGGCGAACGCUUUAGAAGUCGGACAGGGAGCAAAAGGCGGAGGAAGAGAAUAAUUUCAAGAUCGGUCCUAGGAGUGGCGAUCGAAGAAGAAAACGUCCAAUCUUCUUACUGACUGGAAAAAGGCUGCGGGUGCGCGUCCGGGGGCCGGAGGCUGUACCAUGCAGCAGCCACAACAACAGUACGAUUUCUUCAGUGAGGACAAUGCACCCAAAUGGCGGGGUCUACUCGUCGCUGCUCUACGGAAGGUUCAACAACAGGUACAUCCCAAACUUGCCUCUACUGAGGAUGCCUUGCAAUACAUUGAAGAGCUAAUCCUACAAUUGCUGAGCAUGCUUUGUUUAGCCCAACCUCGUAGUGUUCAAGAUGUGGAGGAACGUGUGCAGAAAUCAUUUCCUCAUCCAAUUGACAAGUGGGCCAUAGCUGAUGCUCAGUCCGCCAUAGAGAAACGUAAACGUAGAAAUCCUCUUUUGUUGCCAGUUGACAAAAUUCACCCUCUUCUAAAGGAGGUUCUUGGUUACAAAGUCGACCAUCAAGUUUCUGUUUACAUUGUUGCAGUGUUGGAGUACAUAUCUGCUGACAUACUUAAACUAGCAGGCAAUUAUGUACGAAACAUACGGCACUAUGAAAUCACCCAACAAGACAUUAAAGUGGCUAUGUGCGCUGAUAAGGUACUAAUGGAUAUGUUUCAUCAAGAUGAGGAAGAUCUAGGUGUGAUUGAAGAGGAACCCAUUGCAACUGGCGAGCAAACUUAUUAUGAUUUAGUGAAGAUGUACAUGUCUGAGAUUCGGCAGUAUCUAAGGGAAUUGAAUCUCAUCAUCAAAGUCUUCAGAGAACCUUUUGUGUCAGAUGUUAAGCUGUUUUCUGCAAAUGAUGUAGAAACCAUAUUUAGUCGUAUUGUGGAUAUCCACGAGUUGACUGUGAAGUUAUUGGGCCUAAUUGAAGACACUGUGGAAAUGACAGAUGAAGGUAGCCCUCAUCCACUAGUGGGAAGCUGUUUUGAAGACUUAGCUGAAGAGUUAGCAUUUGACCCAUAUGAGAACUAUGCACAGGACAUACUGCGGCCUGGCUUUCAUGAUCAUUUUCUCAGCCUUUUAUCAAAGCCAGGUGCUGCAUUCUACUUGCAGUCAAUUGGUGAAGGUUUCAAGGAAGCUGUGCAAUAUGUUCUUCCUAGACUGUUACUGGCACCUGUUUACCAUUGCCUGCACUAUUUUGAACUUCUAAAGCAAUUAGAGGAGAAAAGUGAAGAUGAAGAAGACAAAGAAUGCCUGAAGCAAGCCAUAACUGCUCUUCUUAACCUCCAGAGCAGUAUGGAAAGGAUUUGUUCAAAAUCACUUGCGAAAAGAAGGCUGAGUGAGUCUGCAUGUCGUUUUUAUAAUCAACAAAUGAAAAGCAAACACCUUGCAAUUAAGAAAAUGAAUGAAAUCCAGAAAAAUAUUGAUGGCUGGGAAGGCAAAGACAUUGGACAGUGCUGCAAUGAAUUUAUAAUGGAAGGCACACUGACACGUGUGGGUGCAAAACAUGAAAGGCACAUAUUCCUAUUUGAUGGCUUGAUGAUUUGCUGUAAAUCAAAUCAUGGUCAGCCGAGAUUGCCUGGUGGAAGCUAUGCAGAAUAUCGUCUCAAAGAGAAGUUUUUCAUGCGUAAGGUACAGAUCAAUGACAAAGAUGACACUAAUGAAUACAAGCAUGCUUUUGAAGUUAUCUUGAAGGAUGAAAAUGGUGUAAUUUUUGCUGCUAAAUCAGCAGAGGAAAAGAAUAAUUGGAUGGCAGCUUUAAUUUCUUUACAAUAUCGUAGUACACUGGAGAGGAUGUUGGACGCCACAAUGCUACAGGAGGAAAAAGAGGAGCCACUUAGGCUCCCAAGUCCUGAAGUAUACAGGUUUGCUGAGCCAGAUUCUGAGGAGAACAUUGUGUUUGAGGAGAAUGUGCAAUCUAAAUCGGGAAUUCCCAUUAUCAAAGCUGGAACUGUUACAAAACUGAUCGAACGGCUUACUUACCAUAUGUAUGCAGACCCAAACUUUGUUAGGACAUUCCUCACAACGUAUCGGUCCUUCUGCAAACCUCGGGAGUUGCUAGGCCUCUUAAUUGAAAGAUUUGAGAUUCCAGAGCCGGAGCCUACAGAAGCUGAUCGGAAAGCAAUGGAGCAUGGUGAUCAGCCUCUCAGUGCAGAAUUGAAACGUUUUAGGAAAGAAUAUGUUCAACCUGUGCAACUUCGAGUUCUGAAUGUAUGUCGACACUGGGUGGAACAUCAUUUCUAUGACUUUGAAAGAGAUGCAGAAUUAUUAUAUCAACUUGAAGAAUUCAUUGGGACAGUUCGAGGUAAAGCCAUGAAGAAAUGGGUUGAAUCUAUCAGUAAAAUCAUCCUAAGGAAAAAACAGGCACAAGCAAAUGGACCGUCACAUGCUAUCACGUUUGAAAGUUUGCCCCCUUCCAUAGAAUGGCACAUAAGUAGAAUUGGUCAAGUUGAAGCAUUUGACCUGCUAACUUUGCAUCCAAUAGAAAUUGCACGGCAGCUAACUUUAUUAGAAUCUGAUCUUUACAGAGCUGUUCAGCCUUCAGAACUGGUAGGAAGUGUAUGGACGAAGGAUGACAAGGAAAUAAAUUCUUCAAACCUCCUGAAGAUGAUACGACAUACUACUAACCUCACUUUGUGGUUUGAAAAAUGCAUAGUAGAAACUGAAAACUUGGAAGAAAGAAUAGCAGUUGUCAGUCGAAUAAUUGAGAUCCUGCAGGUUUUCCAAGAACUAAACAAUUUUAAUGGAGUGUUGGAGGUGGUCAGUGCCAUGAAUUCAUCUCCUGUGUAUAGACUGGAUCAUACAUUUGAGCAAAUACCAAGUCGACAAAAGAAAAUUUUAGAAGAGGCUCAUGAAUUGAGUGAAGAUCACUAUAAAAAGUAUUUGGCUAAACUCCGAUCCAUCAACCCUCCAUGUGUGCCUUUCUUUGGAAUAUAUUUGACGAACAUUCUGAAGACUGAGGAAGGUAACCCUGAUUUCUUGAAAAGACAUGGUAAAGAGUUGAUAAAUUUCAGUAAGAGAAGAAAAGUGGCAGAAAUAACAGGAGAGAUCCAGCAAUACCAAAACCAGCCAUAUUGCUUACGAGUAGAACAAGACAUUAAGAAGUUUUUUGAAAAUUUAAAUCCAAUGGGAAAUACUUUGGAGAAAGAAUUUACAGAUUAUUUGUUCAAUAAAUCUUUGGAAAUAGAACCUCGUAAUGCCAGAUCUUUACCUAGAUUUGCAAAGAAAUAUAAUUACCCACUGAAAUCUCCUGGUGUCCGACCAUCUAACCCGAGACAUCCAGUGUCAGGCACAUUGCGUGGGCAUCCUACACCACUACAGCAGGAACCACGGAAAAUCAGUUACAGCCGCAUUACAGAGAAUGAGACCGAAAGUAUAGCAUCAGCACCAAAUUCCCCACGUACCCCUCUGACGCCACCACCUGCUUCUGCUGCAUCCAGCUCGACAGAUGUCUGUAGUGUGUUUGGGGAUUCUGAUCCAGCCAGUCCGUUCUAUUCAAGCAGUGAUACCAUAUUUGCCCCAGUUACACUGGCCCAUGGUGCAAGGCCAGCAUCAAUUUCUUCAAUAACGAGCUACAGUAGAAGUGUUGAUGAAGCUCACAUCCCUCCUCCUGUUCCACCACGUAGGCGACCUGAAUCUGCCCCAACAGAAUCUUCUCCGUCCAAGAUCAAGUCAAAACAUUUGGACAGUCCACCUGCCAUUCCACCCCGCCAACCCACAGGCAAGGUUUACUCACCUCGGUAUCCAUUGUCAGAGAGGUCAUCUAUAUCAGAACCUCCUGAUAGUCCUCCCAGCUUGCCACCCCGUGAACCUGUACGAACACCAGAUGUAUUUCCAGGCUCACCUCUACCCCUGCAACCUCCACCAAUGGGUAGAAAAGCUGAGCAUCCAAACACUUUUUUCCCCAAUUCCCCUGUGCCUUUUACUCCACCACCUCCUCAGACACCUUCUCCUCUUGGAACUCGCAGGCAUUUGCCAUCACCUCCUUUACCACAAGAUGUUGAUAUUGGUACUACUGCUGGACCACCCAUCCCACCAAGACAGAGCUCUACAUCUCAAAUAAUUCCAAAACUUCCACCAAAAACCUACAAAAGGGAGCAUACGCAUCCAUCGUUCCAUCGAGAUGGACUACCACUUCUGGAAAAUGCCCAUUCCUCUUAGCUCUGAAAUAUGUUCCUUAAACACUACAGGUUCCUGGACACUGCUAAGGUUGCAGCAUUGGCAGUGCUGUAAGAACUUUAAAAUGUUUUAUGCCUGGCUUGGUAAGUCUUUAUUGCUUCUGGUAUGAACCAGUGUUUCCAUCAAUUUGGAUUCAUACAAUGGGAAACAAAAAUUGAAAAUGCAGUUGUCAGUUUGCUGUACCCAUGAUAAACUUACGUUGAUGAUAAAAGUUGGAACACCUGAUAUCAACCAGCUGAAAAGAAGAGCGUUAGCAGAAAAAGUGGUUUUGCACCUCCAUCUUAAAAACAGGAUUGAUAUUUCACAUGAUCAUGCCUUGUUUAAAUACUUUUAAAUGUAUCAAAAAGGGGACUCCUGGAAAUGCAUUUUUGGUACCUAGACUAAUGAGCAAAUAUUUGUUCUGCAAAGUAAUUGUAAACUUUUUGUUUGUUGAAAUUUGGGUACCUGCUACACCAAAGAGGCACAUUCUUUGUGGAGACUGAUUCAAGAACCAGUCCUACGAGAGAGAUCCUUCAAUGAGAAUGUAGCACCCAUCUUCAUUAGACAAAGGAGAAAACAUUCAUCUGAUUUUAUUACCAUUUAAAACAAAGUGAAUUUAACCCGGAUGUAACAAUGUGUGGAAACUAGUGACAUCUGUAUUUACAUCUCUGAUGAGCUCUUGAUCUCACAACAUUCUCUUAAUUGUGCAUUUCCUGACUUUUAAAGCCUAGUGAUAACCCAUGUCAUAACAUCAUUGCAAUGUCAGAAAUUCCUUGCAGACUAUAUUAGAAAGCUGUUUUUUGUUUAAGAGCAUACGAUGAAAUGGCUUAAUCUGGAAGUGGAGAUUUGGGUUUAUUACAAAGUGAUCCAUUAACCUUUGUUUUAUUUCACUGAUACUUAUAAUGCUGAAGUAUUUAUUCAAAUGACCCCACAUUCCUGUACUCCAUGUGCCCAAACAUCAUACCAGUCUAAGUUGUUACAGGAUAUUGAGGAAAAAAAUUUGAGCCAUAACUGAAUAGUGUGUGUUAAUUCCCAGUACAUAUUAUUUGCUAAUUGAUUCGUGUGUUGAGCACUGAACAAAUUAGAUUCAAAUUUAUAGAGACCACAGUAUUGAACUAAGUCAUGAUGCUGAAUGCAAAUGGACCUGUUGAGUGCUUUCUGCAGUGUCUUAUUUAAGAGAAAGAAAGCAAUCUUGAAUUCACAAAUAACUCAUGAAUUUAGAUGAUAAUUGACUCUUAAAGCAGAUUGACAUAGAUUGCAGAGUAUAUAACACUAGUGCAGUAUUACAGCAGGAUGCAUGAGAGUAUUGGGAUGCAACAUGCGCUUAUCAGACCAUUAAAUUGCUAACCAGUUAGCAUUGGAAUGCAUGGAUGACAAUGUACAGGUCAGACUAAACAGUGCAAGCUAGCUAUUUUUGUUAAUAAUAGAUUGCUUGUUCCAAGCCCCAUUCAAAAAUGCAGUAUUUAGCAUCAAAAAUAAGAUUUACAAAUAGCUUUUGGGCUCCAUAUAUGAAUCCUGCUGUUACCUUAAAAAGAUAUCACUUUUUAAUCGGCCUGUCUAUAUUGUAAUUUGACCUUUUCCAAACAUGCCACUUCAUAAUUUAGUCAAAAUGAUCCAUUCUUAAUGUUAGCAUUUGAAUUUGAUUCACACCUUCUUGUUACAACUGUACAUUACUUCUCUGCAAUAGCUUAAGUCUUUAAUUCACAUUAUCUCAGAGUGUCACUAGUCCCUGUUUUUAAUUUUUCCAAAAGUGUUAAAACCAUCAUGAUCAUGAGUCAGGAAAUAGGGGUGCAGGCCUUUAUAACAGAACUAAAUAUGAAAAAUGAUCGAUAUAGUACAUUAUUUGAUUGCAAGCCUUUGGCGCAUUGAAAUAAGGGCAUAACCCUGAACUCUGGUUCAAAAUGUACUGAUGUUAUGAUUUGAAUUAUCCACAAAUUUUCAUUCCAGUAGCUUACAUUUGUGAUUUGAACAAAUACACUUAUGCAUGCUAAUUUUAAAAUAAAUCACUUUAUUGCCACUAGAAUAAAUAAAUUCAACAAGCACUAUUAAAUCUACUGUAUCUAAUUAGACUUCGUGUUGGUAAUUUAUCAUACUUUAUUCAAAACACUUCAUCUAUGGGACAACCGAACAAUAUUAAAAUGCUAUCAUUUCAGCAAGCCAUUUUAAGCACUUUUACAUAUCAGUGGCUAUACUGUUUCAGUUAAUCUAUUGAUAGGGCUGCCAAAUAUAAACUGUUAUGGGUAUUUUUACAAUAUUUAGUUGGGGGAAAAGGCUUAAUUGGCAUUAAUUUUUUUUAUAUAAGCAAGUAGAUUUCAGCUUCAGGUGCUUUCAUUGAUCUUGUAAAUUUGGAAAAUGCAGAAGGGAGCAUGGAGGGUUGGGGUAAAGUACAAAAUGACUGGUAACGGAUUUACGCAAUUAUAAUCAGCAAGUUAAAUAAGUCUUAAAACUGCUUGAUUUUUGUUGGCAUGAUAUUUAAAAAGUGCUGUAUCAUACAAGUAUCAUAUUUAAGCCCACUAAUUCAGUAGUUUUGGACACUAUUUAGGAAGUUUUUUUUCGUUCAUAAAUGGCAGUGUCAUUGAGAAACCUUUGUAUGUUGUCAUUGAGUCAAAAUUUGUCAACUCUUUGCCAAUUGUUACUUUUCUCUUGAUCCUAUCAAGUGUUUGUUAGAUCUUUUAAGCCUGGCAACACUUAAACUACAUGUAAGUCAUAAGCAUGCUGUUUAAGUUGAAUAAUGAUGCCACUAUGAAAGGCAGUGAGUGCACAGAAGACUGAAUUUGGAAGACUUCACUGAAAAAUAUACGGGCAAUGAAAAUUAGCAGACCAGUCAGAUUAACUUUCAGGGUUACAUACCAGUUGGAAAAUACCAUUACCAGUGUGCAUUUCUGUUUGUACUGUAUAUGUCAAUUAGAUAUGGUUCAGCAAAUGAAAGAAAGCACUUGAAAAAUAUAUUCCCUAUUUAUGCAAGCUUGGCUGUCUAUGGCUGGAAUCCAUAGUUGUCAUAUUGCAGCUGACUAAUGAGGCAGUAUUGCUGUAUAUCUAACAGACUUCAAAUUAAGUCUAUGAGAACUACUUUCAGUACAUGUCAGCAUGGUAAAUAUUGGUUAGUUGAAACUUCAGAUUUGAUACAGUUUCAGCAGACCUGUUCAGAAGUAAUAGAUGUUCUCUCUGUACUGCUGACUUUAUUUUCUGCCAAAUUUUAUAUUUCUAGGUAUUGAUCACAUAAUGCGGGAAAGAGAAAACAAAGUGUAAUUUAUUAUUUUUAAAAAAUAAGUCCAACUAUGUGCCUCCUUAAAAGUGCAUUGACUUUCAGAGUAUAAUUUGUAAAGGAAUAUAAACAGAUUUAGACCAUUCAGUUCUGCAAACCUUUUCCACCAUUCAGCCAGAUAAUGGAUGAUUUGUACCUCACCUUCAUUUACUCAUUAUUUCUUCAUGUCCCUCUUGAGGAAUAUCUGACCAAAUUAGGCUUCCUCCCUCGAGAAGAAAUUGCAGCAAAUCACAGCAACAAAGCUGGUGGUCUUUAAUGCAAAGCAAACUAAGAUUCACUCUGAUCUGGUUGGGAACCUCCUACAUUAUAAAUGAAGUCAUUUAAUUGUAGUUGAAUGUGUCGUGAUGCGCCCUGUACUGUUUGUGCUAGACGCAUGCCAGUUUUAGUAGCUGCCAAAUGUGCCUUUUUAUUAUGUCUCAACCUUCUUUUCUGACUUCUUGAACUUUUUUUAAAAUCCUCUUUGUUUUAAGAAAAGGGAGGUGGGGCAAGUUAUAUUUCUGGUUAUAUGCACCAGAAAACAAACCUUUUCUGCUAUAAAUAUAAAAUGUACAUAUCAGUGGUUAAAUUUUGUGUGUGUGUGUGUAUAUGUGUGUGUAUAUUAUAUAUAUCACAUACAUAUAUAUAAAUGCAUCAGUUUGAAUGGCAUAGUUAUUUGCAGCUAUGAUUAUAUGUAGUCAUUAGAUAGAAGUUGACCAGAUUUGAGAACAAAUGGUAGUCUGUCUUGGCACAUCUAAAACGAUUUGUAUACUUUAACCAUGUCUGUAGAAUUUUGUAUUCUAUGUUAGGAGUAACAGUAUUCAUUUUGCAAUUCAGUAUCAUAAUUGUGGUUUCCCCUGCAUCGAUUACACUGAAAAGUUAUAUUCAAAAAGAAUGGGAACAAGUAAAUAAUGGCAAAGCAACACUUGACUUACAAAAUAGGACCCAGAUGAAAUGUACACAAUAAUGAAAUAAAAUUGAUUUUGCCUUACUUUUGUUCCAAGUGUAUUAGACUGACAUGUUUAAUGUAACUCACCAGGAUAUUUUGUUUCUUUCCUGCAACAAUUAUUUUUAACAAUAUUCUAAGUUGUUUUUCAACUGGUAUGUAAAUCCUAGAAUGCUUCGCAAUGGGAAUUUUUGCAUUUGCCUAAUUUUUUUGUGUGUAAUUGGUUUUUAUUUUUAAAUGGUUAUGUUAAAUUUCCAGGUGUCAGAUGUUCUGUUUUUCCUUUUUAAUUUAUAUUUUAAAAAAAUGAAAACUAUGUAUUAAAUAUGUUUGAAACCUUA